AUGUUUAAUCAAUAUUUAUAUCUGAUAUAAAGAUAACAAAUUUUAGUUUCUUCAACUUGGCCAUCCCUAAAUUCAUCUGCAUAAACAAAUGAAAUGACAUAUCUAAAUUGUAUCAAAUUAAAUUUAUCAGACGAAUCUGGAAAUCAUAGGACAGACCUGCAUAAAGUUAAGUCAAGUAAGUUAAUAAAUUUAUUAUUAGUUUAUUUAAAUUUUGUAUAUAUAAAUUAGAAUCAGUGUUGA